UCUUUUGGUAACAGAAACAGAGAAGAAAGGAUCAAGGACAGAAUUAUAUAUAUUCUCGAAUUUAUUUUAGUUGCUUUACACACAAAAACUAAAUCGGAGCAAUUUAGGAGUCUGACACAAAUGGCUCCCCCUACAAACGGCGGCGACGGCUUGUUCCUUCUCCUCUUCCUCCUCUGUCUCUCGACACCGCGCGGGUCGUCCUCAAACUCCAUUACCGCAUCGCUCUCGGCCCUCCAGUCGUCCUCCUCCAGCGGCGUCAUCCGCCUGAACGACACCCUCCUCCGCCGCAUCCACUCCCUCCCCUCUCCCCGGCCCUUCCACUUGGUCGUCUUCUUCGACGCGAAGAAGCUCCAUUCGAGAUCGGAGCUCGCCCUCCCGACUCUCAAAUCCGAAUUCUCCCUGGUCUCCUCCUCCUUCCUGGCCAACAACCCGGACAACAAGUCCCGAUCUCUACUCUUCUUCUUCGACGUGGAAGUGGAGGAAUCUCAGGCCACAUUCGCCCUCUUCGACGUCAACACCCUCCCCCACAUCCGCCUGGUCCCCUCCGCCGCCGCCGAUCUGAAAUCAGAUUCCAUCAAACUCGACGCCGCGCAUUUUUCGAGCUUGGUGGAUGCCAUGGGCGAGCUGAUUGAAUCCGAAACCGGCAUCUCCGUGGGGCCGAUCAAUCGCCCCCCUGUUGUGUCGAGAACACAGAUGAUAUUGGUGAUGGUUGGUGCGGUGAUAUGGGCUCCGUAUGCGGUGAGGAAGUUAGCAUCGGGGAAAAGCAUGGUGCAUGAGAAGAGCACGUGGAUGGCGGGGGCGGUUUUCGUCUACUUCUUCAGCGUAUCGGGGACGAUGUUCAAUAUAAUUCGGAAGGCGCCGAUGUUCAUAGUGGACAGGAGGGAUGGGGAGACGGUGAUGUUGUUCUACCAGGGGGCGGGGGUGCAGUUGGGGGCGGAGGGCUUCAUCGUGGGUUUCCUGUACACGGUGGUGGGGCUGCUGCUGGCGUUUGUGUGUCACGUGCUUGUUCGAGUAAGGGAUACCAAGUGGCAGAGGAUAAGCAUGAUCCUGGCUUUGCUGCUCUCGUGGUGGGCGGUCCGGCAGCUCAUUUAUUUGAAUAACUGGAAGACUGGGUACCGCAGUCAUGCCUACUGGUGGCGCUCCGCCUCGCAUUGAUAUUGCUCAUCAUUUAUUAUUAUUUUUUUUACUGAGUUUCCAAUCUGUUGCAUGCUUUGGUCAGAUGUAACUACAGCUUUGAUUUGUUUACUUAAACUUACAAUAUCAUAUACACUC